CCUGCCUACUUUGUAGUCAUUUGAACUUGACUUCUUCCUCUUAUCCAUAUCAUCGACCUCAACCGGACCCCAACAGAUAUCCUGUUCCUGCCAGGAUAACAACACAAUCCUGCAUGGCGUCCACAACAUCACAACCGGCGGAGAAGCGAUCUGUGCCCGCGCCAUCGAACCCCGUCCUUCUUGCGACACAAUCCCAAUGGCUUUUUACAGAUGAGGAGCUCACGCGUGCGCCAUCGCAGCUUGACGGUAUGGCACUGGAGGCAGAACAUACAAGCCGCAGUAAAGGGGUCAAUUUCAUCACUCAAGUGGGCAUCAUGUUAAAAUUGCCCCAGCUCACCAUUGCAACUGCUGCCGUAUACCUUCACCGGUUUUUUAUGCGCUACAGCAUGGUGGACCUGCCGCAACGACCGGGAAUGCACCCUUAUCCGAUUGCCGCCACCGCGUUAUUCUUAUCGACCAAAGUGGAGGAGAAUGUGCGGAGGAUGAGAGAGCUGGUGGUUGCAUGUUGUCGGGUAGCGCAGAAACAACCCAACCUAGUCGUGGACGAGCAGUCUAAGGAGUUUUGGAAAUGGCGAGACACGAUUCUGCACCACGAGGACCUCCUUCUGGAAGCCCUUUGCUUUGAUCUCCAACUCGAACAGCCCUACCGCAUCCUCUACGAUUUCAUCUGUUACUUCGGCGUCAACGAAAACAAACCCCUCCGCAACGCUGCCUGGGCCUUCGUCAACGACUCUAUGUUCACCGUUCUUUGCCUGCAAUUCUCGGCUCGAAAUAUUGCUGCCGCCGCCCUUUACGCUGCCGCCCGACAUUGCGAGGUGGGAUUUGAGGACGACGCCUCUGGCCGGCCAUGGUGGGAACAGGUCGACGUGGAUCUGGCACAGGUGCGUCGCGCGUGCACAAGAAUGGCACAAUUAUACGAGAACAAUGCCAUGCAGAAACAUAGCCAGUACUACCCGACCACCCCCAUCUUCGCAGACGAGGGUACUGAGAAGACCAGGAUCCCGCGCGCUGGCAGCCCGGCUGGUACCCUGUAUGAAACAGACACCGCGAAUGGACGGAAGCGGUCGAGAGAGCCCGAAGACGAAGCCCAAGGCCACUCAGAAGAACCACCGGCUCCGCACGAUCAGGGACCGACGAAUGGUGAACGAUCCCCGAAACGACCACGCAUGGGCUCAGACGCUGCCGCACAAGAUGCUUCUACCGAAAAAACCCCAUCCAACUCCACAUCGUUCAACUCCUCCCAGGGAGCAACAGCUUCCCAAUCAACGGGGACACGCUCAUUCCCCCACGACCGCCACCACACAAACGGUCAUCUCCCUCCCCCUCCCCACCGCUACCAACAUCCCCUACCUCCCGCUCCGCGAACCUUCCCCCGUCGAGACAGCGACCCCCGUCCAAGCGGCAGCAGCGGGCGUCCAAACGCCCGAGUCGACGACCCAAUCCAACAACGGAUUGAUGAGAUCGUAUCCCAAAACAUGACCACUCCCCAAGGCGGGCCCCCGUCCCGAGACCGACGCAACUCAGACCGAUACCGCGAACACGAAGACCCCAGCCGAAGACGUCGCUCAGACCUCUCCUCCACCAGCAGAAAAUCCACCGACGAGCAACAUCUUCCACCCCCGCCUUCUCCUCCCUCCGAUAAACCCCAGAACCAACAGCCACCGCCGCCUCCUCCGCCACCUGACCAGGACGAAGAAGGCGGAGGAAGCGAAGAGGGCGAGCUAUAGUCAUUAUAAGUUCUUCACGGUAUCCUCUGCAUCUUUACCACACUUUAAAAACAGCUAUAUCUCUGUUAUAACCUUGCUUACAUCACUGGGACAUCCUAUUUCAUCGUCUAUUCUUAAAGUCCGGCGGGUUCGUUGGCUACACUGUACAGUACAUAAUUCUUCGUAGUGUGGACGGGGCAAAACGAAAUAUACAGGGUCAUCGGUUUGAAUAUCACGAUGAUAUAAUGCCAUUACAGGAAGAUGAAGAGAAACAAAAAAAAAGAAGAGAAAAUUAGGAAAUUCUGUUUGUAAUGUAUUGCUACC